AUGGAUAUAGAAGCUCUUUAAAAGUAUAAAAGGCUAUUCGAAUAAGGAAUGAGUUAUUAACCAAUUGAAUCUAAAAAAAAUAACUUAUCAAAUUAAUAUAGUUCAAUUAAUUCCUUUUAAUCUUAAGCAUCUCAAAAUUAAAGUAAAGAUGAACAAAACAAAAUUUUCCUAUAUGUUUCUCUUUACGAAAGAUUGAAACCCACCAUGUCAGAUUAAGAUAACUUAUAAAAUUAAAAUGAAUUGGAUAAAAAAUAAAACAAUAGUGAUAAAAAACCUCAAACAUAGGUAAAAUCACAAUAUUAACGAAAAAUAAAAUUGAAUAACGAUAGGAGAUUGAGAGUAUGCAAUGUUUUGAAGGAUUUAUAUAGUAAUACUUCAGGGCUCCGUAAUGUUGAAGAUUAAUAUAAAUAUUAUGUCAGAGAAAUAGAAAAUUAAUCAGCCUUAUAUAAGAAUUACAGUUUAAAUUUCCAAAAUAAAGCAAUUGUACGCAAAAUCUGCAAUGCAUUCUUACAAGUCAGAGGGGAUGGAAACUGUUUUUAUACGGCUUUUGGUUUUUAAUUCCUUUAUCAUUUGCUUUUCUCAUAUUCUGAUGAAGAAUUUGAUGAAUUUAUUAAGAAAAUCUUGAAUUAGUAAAUCAGUUUUGGGAUUAAAUAUGUCAGAAAAUAAAUAGAUGACAAGUAGAUUGAAAAAGAUUGUCUUGAGGAAUUUAUUUAUCUAAUAGAAGACCUUAGAUAAGAAGGAAAGGAAAUUAGGUUUGAGAAAUUUAGGCAAACAUUUGCUAAUUGGUAAAUUAAUGAAAAUGGAGAUGGUUUCUUAUAUUGUUUAUAGACUAUAUUUUUCAGAAAUUUAAGUUAUUAAUAUUUGGAGAAAAGUGAAUUCAAAGAUAUAGUAUUAGAUAAAGAAAAUUUAUUAAUAUGGGAAGAAGAAUGCAAUACAAAUGAAGUAAUCAUAAAACUAUUGGCAUAAGAAUUAAAAAUACAUACUAAAUUAUUAUUUCUCGAUAAUGAAGUAACGAUAAGGGAGUAUGAGGAAGAAAAUAAAAACACAAUAAUAUUGCUUAUCAAGCCUGGGCAUUACAAUAUAGGUUGGAAUAUCAGAGAGUAAUGA